AUUUUGCUGCCCUUUUUUAAUUGGUUGGGUUGGGUGUUGUGUAGACCUUGGAUUCUAGCUGCCUUGCCUUGAGAUAAACAGGAAUAAAGGAAGUUUAGGAAAGCCCAGACUUUGGAGGAAAGUGACUCCCAGCAUCCGAGGGCACCCUAAAUUGCUGAAUGGAAGGAGGGCUCCUCUCUUUGUGGGGGAACAGAGAUAAAGGAAUGAGAAGAUACCAGGGAAUAAGCUUUAUCUUAGAAGUCUAGAAUAUGAAUAGACCUUUGGCAGAGCGGAGUAGAGGCUUCACUGCAAGAAAUUUGGCCAGGAGAAAAGGGAAAGAGAAGUGGAAAUGUAAGGCGCUGCCUGGCCAGCUGUCCCAGUCCCUUUGGGUGGUGGCUUUGGGGAACCAGCUGCUCUUUUUCUAAGGCAGAAAUUCAAACUAUACCUAAAAUCACAGAAUCCUUGACAGGAACUGGAAGGAAGCCUAGACAUCAUGACCCCAGAACCCCUCGUUAUGUUGAAGGAGGCUGCUGGUGGUAGCCUCGGUCUGAAGGUAGCAGAGUGCCAGGUUGACUUAGAAGUUAGUGGGAACCCCAACAUGAGAAUGUGCAUCUUGUUUGUAACUUGUGCUCUUUCCGCUGUGUUUCUGGCAUACAACCUCUUGAAGCUCCGGUCCACCGUCACCCAUUUCCUCACCUUGUCUGCCACCCCACCUCAUCCAACACAUACAUACACACUCGUCCACAUACACCUGCACAUCCCUUCCCUAUCACUGUUUACUUCCAGCUUCCCUUACAAAUGCAUUUGGUCCAAAUGUGUCAACGUUUACUUUGUUCUAAACCAUCAAUGUGUUUGUGUAUAUACACUACUCUCAGGAGGGGUAUUCUGAAACCCAAGAAGAUGAUUAGAUGAACCCCAAAGAAAGCAAAGCAUAAACCAUUUUUCUUUGCAUAUGGUCAUUUAUAUGCCUAAGGAACUAAGGGAAAAUUGUCAAGAAUGAGCAGAAAAGAAAAAAAACACCAAUAUAGUUCUUCUAACUAGUGUUGAGGGAAUUUCUCAACACUCUGGUGUAGAAUCUUUGUUUUAAUACCUGAAGUUUCUUCACUCUUAAGACUAGUCAGGGUCCAUGGAGAGUAUAUAUAGCUACACAUUACUUGUUUUCUUUCUUCUAUGUUCAAUUGGUAAAACUGUUGUGUUUAAUUUCAACUAUUCGUCCAGAAGUUUGGAUUUAAGUGCCACAGGGGAUCUUGCUCUUUAUAAUAUCUGAUCAAGUUAAAAUAAAUCAUUUUAUGCAAUUGUAUGUGUAAUUUUUUUCCUUUUAAAUUAAGCAGGCAUUUAGACGUUUGCAUGAUGUUACUAAAUUUAUCCUUUGGGUCGGUCAUACUGCUUGUUUGUAUAUUUGUUUAUAUGUUUAUAUAUUUAGAUUGCUCAAAAUGGAGCUACCUUCUGUCCUUCAGGCUUCCCUUUUAGGGAAACAUGAGGGCCCCAGCACACACCCACUACCAUAUCUGAGCAUGCUCACACUCACUAUCACAUGAGGGUGGUGCCACUUUAGGAACUGACAGAAACAGAACCUUGGAGAUGAACGUCCUCAUCGCCAAAGCAUUUCCUACCAUAGUGUGGCAAAUCCUUGCAUAGAAGUGCAUUUCACACAGGAUUUCGUUUACAAGGAGCCUUUGGGAACAGCCUGCCUUGCACAGUGUGACAUUUCCCUAUCCCUGGAAGCAGGGAAGAGGAAAAAGAGAUUUUGGGUUCCUGAAAUAAAGCUCAGGUGGUAGGAUUCUGUGAGGGGAAAAUAAGCUCCAAGAAGAUUAAUUCUUCCUGGGAGGAUAAGACUUUAAUGACAGCCAUUUUAAUAAGAUUAUUGUGAGAGCACAUAGCUGCAAAUAAAAUAAGGCUGUGGCCAUGGUCAGCUGCUUCCUCUGUAGAGCAGAGGUGGAAAUCAGGCACAGGCAAGAAGAGAAAGUCGUUCCAGAAAUAUAAGGGGAUUAAAAACCCUUCCUGAUGAAAUGUCACAUUUCAAAUCCUGUGAGAAUUUGGUGCAUGGGUUUUCCAGGGACCAUGAUGACUAGCCAAUCUAGUAUGUAUGAGUUCUGAGGUUAAGGACGAUAAAGUCUGUGAGAAUAUUCUUUCAGAGUCCAGGCAGUAGUGCCGAGAGAAUCCCCUGAGUGCUUUGCUGUGGGCUUCACACUGUGAGUAGACCACAAAAUGUUAGGAAAUGUGGACCGUCUACCUGUGUACUCAAAACCUGAUUUGGGAGAUAAAUGUGAACAUAAGUUCUCACACUAGUGAAACAUUUAAGAACGUGCAUCAAUUCAUUUAGCAUUGAAUGAUAGGCAAGGUUGAUUUUCCUAAGCCUUCUACUGUGAAUCCAUGUCAAAGUCAGAAUUCCUUGAUUAUAAGCACCUACAUUUCGGGAACACAGACUCUAAGACAUUAUCAUGUUCAUAAAUCUGCUAAGCCACUUCUAGCCACUUGUGUUCAGUGUGAUGGAGGAGAAACUGUGCAGAGUAUCAAGAGACACAAGUUCCGAGACUGUCAACUCUGUCAUGGAUUUGCUGUGUGGCUUUGGCCAGAUCUUCUCCCCUCCCUGGAGCUCAUUUGGACAAUCAUAAUUUGGAAGCCCCCGAUGAUCAGGAUGAAGUAAAUCAGAACUACUUAGCAGAUGAGGAGGAGGACGCAGAAGAAGAGGCUCAGGUGAUGAUGGUGCCUGGUCUGGAGGAAGAGGAAGAAGAGGAGGAAGGAAAAGAAGAGGAGGAGGAAAGGGAGGAAGAAGGUCAGGGUCAGCCUACAGGCAAUGCCUGGUGGCAGAAAUUGCAGCUCGUAACUGAAUAUCUGUGGGACCCAGAGAAAAGGAUGUCUCUGGCCCGAACAGGUCUGAUUUUAGUCAUUUACUUCUUCUUCUAUGCCUCGCUGGCAGCUGUGAUCACCCUAUUCUUGUACAUGCUGUUCCUAGCCAUCAGUCCCUACAUGCCAACCUUCACUGAGCAGGUGAAACCUCCUGGAGUUAUGAUCAGACCCUUCGCUCAUAGCCUUAACUUCAACUUCAACGUUUCUGAACCUGAAACUUGGCAGCGUUAUGUGAUUAGCCUAAAUGGCUUUCUUCAGGGCUAUAAUGACAGUCUUCAAGAGGAAAUGAAUGUAGAUUGUCCUCCGGGACAGUACUUCAUCCAAGAUGGAGAUGAAGAUGAGGACAAAAAGGCCUGCCAAUUUAAACGCUCCUUCCUGAAGAAUUGCUCUGGACUGGAGGACCCUACUUUUGGAUACUCUACUGGACAGCCUUGCAUCCUCCUCAAGAUGAACCGGAUUGUAGGUUUUCGUCCUGAGCUUGGAGAUCCUGUGAAGGUGUCCUGCAAAGUUCAGAAAGGUGAUGAAAACGACAUUCGAUCCAUCAAUUACUACCCAGAGUCGGCUUCUUUUGACCUCCGCUACUACCCUUACUAUGGCAAACUGACUCAUGUUAACUACACCUCCCCUCUGGUGGCAAUGCAUUUUACAGAUGUGGUGAAGAACCAGGCGGUGCCUGUCCAGUGCCAGCUGAAGGGCAAAGGCAUCGUAAAUGAUGUCAUCAACGAUCGCUUUGUGGGGAGGAUUAUCUUUACCCUGAACAUAAAAACCUAGGGACUCUGGGGGGCCACUCCCAGCAGUUCUGAUUCUGUUUUGUGUUAGCCCUGGUAGCCCCUCGAUUCCUUUUUCUUCAGUUAAGACACAGCCAGAUGGACGCCUAAGACAGCAGAUCAUCUUUCCUUGCCUUUGACGUGUGUAUGAAGUGAUAUUAUGGGACCUGCUUGGCUUUUUCUUGAAGGUCAUCUCUCCCGAUGACAAAUAGACUAUAUUAAUUUCCUCUCCUUCCCUCAAAUUCAAACCUAUUCUUGCUGCUAGAAGUCUCACUAUAUACACAAACAAUUUCUGAUAGCCUUCACCAUUGUCAGGACACUAUCUAUCAUGUUUUCUAAAAAUGUGUUGGUUUUAGAGGUGAUAUUAUUCCCAGCCAGGUUGAUAUUCUAAACCCCGCCCCCCCACCUCACCUUCAAAACUGACUUCUAAGGUCUUUCCUCAGAAACCAACACCAGACAAACCCAGACUAUACUAUACCUAAAACCACUCUCCCUACAGAACUUUAUAGGGGGGGCGGGUGAGGGAGCUUGAAAAUUUGGCUGUCUCCCAUAGGCGACUCAAUACUGAUUCAAGACUCCAUUAUUUCCCGCCAGGACAGCAAGUGAUGCUGACAGGUUAUUGAUCUGGGCUAGAGAUGAAGAGCUUCUGUGAGACUUUUGUGGGGGGGAACAGAGGAGAACUGUUAGUAUAGGGGCAUGCUGCUUGUUGAUUGCAAAAAUUCUUGCAAACAAGUUUUUCUCAACUCUUAGCAGAAGAGAAAACAUGAACAACCUUCUUUGGUCAAAUCUUCUUAGGCAAUUUGCUUGAUAGUUGUGUGGUUUUUCAUUGAGAUCAGCAGGGAUGGGUGCCUUGACUCCCCAGCUACAACCUUGGGGAUUGAAAUUAGGGUUCUCCAACCAACAUAUGGCAAGAGAGAAAGCUCCUGCCAGGCCUCCCUGAAGCCAAUGCUCGUUAGCCAGUUUUGCAUUUACUUUAAAAAUCACAUGAGGCAGAUGUUUAUCCAGGUUGUGGAUCAGCCAAGUUGCUUUGUUUUUUCUUUGGCCAUGUGACCAUUCCAAUUGCUUCUUAAUGCCUCCACCAGGGGGAGGGCUGGAACAAAAAGAGGAGGCAAGCAUUACAGAAUAGCAGAGUGUCUCAGGGUCCAAAGCAAACUAAAAUUCUACUUGAAGCCUGCAGAGUCUGAAUCUACACUACAAUGUUUAGUUUCUCCAAAAACGGGGAGCUGGAAGACUGAUGGGGGAAGACAAGUGGUAUUAUAUGGGAAUGCUAUGGGGAACGUGAGGGCCAAGCUCUCUCCGACUAAGAAAGUAACAGAGGAACUUACACAUUCAGAGCCAUAAGUUUGAAGAAAUCUCAUGCUUUGGCAUUUCUGAAUAGUUCACAUGAGAGCUCAGAGGAAAGGCUGGGAGAGUGAAUUGCAUGAGUAUUCAGGGAUGCUGAGUGACAGAGAGUCUUUAAAGUGUUUCAAUCAGGGAAUCUCUGGGAGCACAUUUGCAUUUUAUCAAGAGCCCUUGGGCAGUAAUAACAUAAGGGGUGAAUUGAAGACAGGGAAGACAAGACCAAGACAGGAAUUGGGGGAAGGGUUUUGAGCUUGGCUAAAAACAAUGACAUAGUGUUAUUGUUACUCGUGACUGGAUAUAAAAGAGAAAGAGAUUGGAGAGGAAGUUGUUGAGAUCACUUUGGAUCAGAUUUAGCUUGUGGUUUCCUCUAGACAGACACUGAUGUGGAGAUAUAAACACGUGUAGAGUAGAAGAGAAGGAAAGCUGACAAGAAAAGCAACAUUUGGUUAAGUGAACUCAUUUAGGAAGUAUUUAAUCUUGGGAACUUGAGCCGGUUGAGCUUGGGAACUAGAAGACACUGAUCUAGCUCCUAACAUGGUGCUUUUCUCUGGGUUUCGUGGAAGAAUGGACUGCUACUGCUCUUGGGGAUGUCCCUUCCAGACCCCGACUAAAUGUUCUCCAUAGACUAGAGAGGGGCUGACCACAUUUAACAAGCAACUGAAGGUGAGCAGGACAGCAGGGCUACAAAACACACAGGCACAAAGAAACUGACUCCUCCAGACCUACUUACUCAACAAGUUCAAGUUUCCUAGACAACAACUUGAGACCAUUUCAAAGUGACCUCUAUCAAAUUCUCAAGAUUUAAUAACAAAAGAGUACACACCAUCAGAUCUGGAAAGGCUCUUUAAGGAAAGCAACCUGCAUUGCAUCUGACUCCAGGUCCAGUGCUCUUUCCACUCAGAGCCACUGCUUACCAGGAAGUACCAUCUUUUGAAAAAUCAUAUCCCAAACAUUCUGAAAUAUGUCAAACUUGAGUUAAGAUAGUUAACAUUUCACAGGAAUCCAACUACUGGUGCUAUAUUUUAUACAUAAUACAUGGUCCUGUAGAAUAUGUUUAACUAUUAGAUAAGAAAUUAGAAAUGAUUUUGUCAUGUGUGUUUCUCAUUCAGUGGCAGAUAUCAUGUCCACAGUUUCAAAGAAAUAUUGAAAAGUACUUAGACAGUUUGGGCUGUCAGCUGUAACAUGAAAAAAUAGCUUUCUUAUACAAAACUGGAUAUUAUACAGAACUGGAUUAAUGAGUGUAUUCAUUCAUGUGAGAGUCUAACUGUUCAAUAAACUUCUAGUUGAUUAAUUUAA